AUGGAAGCCUAAAGGCACCGGCAGUGGGCUGAGCGGUGGUGCGAAGAAAAAUUAAGUCAGGCGAAGAACUAGGGCAGCCAGAAGGGACAGGGCUGUAGGCCGGGACCGUCCCUGGGCCUACUAGUGCUUCCUACUGGGGGCCUCCCAGAUGUGUGGAACUGACUCUCGAUCUUCACCACCGUCUCUACUGUCUUCCUUCUGAGAGCACCUGAAACUUCUGUCAUGGAAAAGUACCACGUGUUGGAGAUGAUUGGAGAAGGCUCUUUUGGGAGGGUGUACAAGGGUCGAAGAAAAUAUAGUGCUCAGGUUGUGGCUUUGAAGUUCAUUCCAAAAUUGGGGCGUUCAGAGAAGGAGCUGAAGAACCUGCAGCGAGAGAUCGAAAUCAUGCGAGGUCUGCGGCAUCCGAAUAUUGUGCAUAUGCUUGAUAGCUUUGAGACUGACAAAGAGGUGGUGGUGGUAACUGACUAUGCUGAAGGAGAGCUCUUUCAGAUUCUAGAAGAUGAUGGAAAACUUCCUGAAGACCAGGUCCAGGUCAUUGCUGCCCAGUUAGUGUCUGCUCUGUACUAUCUGCAUUCCCACCGCAUUCUACAUCGAGACAUGAAACCUCAGAACAUCCUCCUGGCCAAGGGUGGUGGCAUCAAGCUCUGUGACUUUGGAUUUGCCCGGGCUAUGAGCACCAACACAAUGGUGCUGACAUCCAUCAAAGGCACACCACUAUAUAUGUCUCCAGAGCUGGUGGAGGAGCGACCAUAUGACCAUACAGCAGACCUCUGGUCUGUGGGCUGCAUACUGUAUGAGCUGGCUGUAGGUACUCCUCCCUUCUAUACCACAAGCAUCUUUCAGCUCGUCAACCUCAUUCUCAAGGACCCUGUGCGCUGGCCAUCCACUAUUAGUCCCUGCUUUAAGAACUUCCUGCAGGGACUGCUUACCAAGGACCCCCGGCAACGUCUGUCCUGGCCAGACCUUUUACAUCACCCAUUUAUUGCUGGUCGUGUCACCAUAAUAACUGAACCAGCAAGCUUAGAUUUGGGCACCCCAUUCACCAGUCGCCUACCUCCAGAACUUCAGGUCUUAAAAGAUGAACAGGCCCAUCGGCUGGCCCCCAAGGGCAAUCAGUCUCGCAUCUUGCGUCAAGCCUGUAAACGUAUGGCUGAGGAGGCCAAGCAGAAACAGCAGGACACAGGAUCUGCCCUUGAGCAAGAGGACAGAACCAACAAGGUAGCUUCUGACACAACUCCAUCCAGACUAAGAGCCACUCCUCAGGAAUCGAGCCUCUUGGCUGGGAUCUUAGCCUCAGAAAUGAAGAGCAGCUGGGCUGAGUGGGGGGCUGGAGAGGCCCCCCUUACAUCUCGGGAAAACUGGAUCACCCCAGAUAGUGAGCAAGCAUUCCCAGAGCUGAGACCAGCGGUCAUGUGCCAGCGCAGCAUCGAUGCAGUGGAUCUAGAAAAUGAGGAGCCAGACAGUGAUGAUGAGUGGCAACAGCUGCUAGAGAUCACCCAGCCUAGGCCCAUUCAGCUAAAGGCCCCUCUCACCCUGCUCUGCAAUCCUGACUUCUGCCAGUGCAUCCAGAGUCAGCUACAAGAGGCAGGAGGCCAGAUCCUGAAGGGUAUCUUGGAGGGUGCUUCCUGCAUCCUCCCUGCACUUCGGGUCCUCAGCAGUCUGCUGUCCAGCUGCAGUGACUCUGUCCUCCUGUAUUCCUUCUGUCGGGAGGCAGGGCUGCCUGGGCUACUGUUUAGCCUACUCAGACACGGCCUGGAGAACAACAGUAUCCAGCAGUGCUGUUGGUAUGGGACCUUCUUACAGGACUUGAUGGCUGUGAUUCAGGCCUACUUUGCCUGCUCCUUCAAUCUGAAGAGGACCCAGACAGAUGACAGCCUACAGGUGUUUCAGGAAGCUGCCAAUCUCUUUCUGGACCUUUUGGGGAAACUGCUGGCCCAACCAGAUGACUUUGAGCAGACUUUGCGAAGGGACAGCCUUAUGUGCUUUAUUGUCCUAUGUGAAGCCAUGGAUGGGAAUAGCCGGACCAUCUCCAAAGCCUUUUACUCCAGCCUAUUGACCACACAGUGGGUUGUGUUGGAUGGGCUCCUUCGUGGCUUGACAGUUCCACAACUCCCUUUCCACACACCCCCAGGAGCCCCGCAAGUAAGCCAGCCCUUGCGGGAGCAGAGUGAGGACCUUCCUGGAGCCAUUUCUGCGGCCCUGGCCGCCAUAUGCACUGCUCCUGUGGGCCUGCCUAGCUGCUGGGAAGCCAAAGAGCAGGUCUCUCGGCAUUUGGCCAGUCAACUGACUGAAGACAGCAGCCAGCUGAGGCCAUCCGUCAUCUCGGGCCUUCAGCAUCCCAUCCUGUGCCUGCACCUUCUCAAGGUUCUCUAUGCCUGCUGCCAUGUCAGUGAGCGCCUGUGCCGUCUCCUGGGGCAAGAGCCCCUGGCCUUGGAGUCACUGCUGAUGUUGGUCCAGGGCAAGGUGAAAGUGGUGGAUUGGGAAGAGUCUGUGGAAGUGACUCUCUACCUUCUCUCCCUUCUUGUCUUUCGGCUCCAAGAUCUGCCUUCUGGCAUGGAGAAGCUAGGCAAUGAGAUUGCUACUCUCUUUACGCAUUCACACAUCGUCUCUCUUGUGAGUGCAGCGGCCUGUCUAUUGGGACAGCUUGGUCAGCAAGGGGUGACCUUUGACCUCCAGCCCAUGGAAUGGAUUGCUGCAGCCACACAUGCCCUGUCUGCUCCUGCAGAGGUCCGACUGACUCCACCAGGUAGCUGUGGGUUCUAUGAUGGCCUCCUAAUUCUUCUGCUGCAGCUCCUCACUCAGCAGGGGAAGGCUAGCCUGAUCAGAGAUGUGACCAACUCAGAAAUGUGGACCAUUCUGUGGCACCGCUUCUCCAUGGCCCUGAGGCUACCCAAGGAGGUACCCUCACAGGAAGAUGAGCUGUCACUCUCCAGUCUACCAAGCCCAGGGCCAGACUGGACACUGAUUUCACCCCAAGGCAUGGCAGCCCUGCUGAGCCUGGCUGUGACCACCUUUACCCAGGAACCCCAGUUAUGCCUGAGCCACUUGUCCCAGCGUGGAAGUGUCCUCAUGUCCACCCUGAAGCACCUGCUUUCCCCCAGCUUCCUGCAUCAGCUGGGCCAGGCGCCUCAUGGGUCUGAGUUUCUCCCUGUCGUGGUGCUCUAUGUCUGCCAGCUGCUCUGUUUCCCCUUCGCCCUGGAUGUGGAUGCUGACUGCUUGGCAGAUAUCUUGGCUGACCUCAGAGACUCAGAAGUCACAGUCCACCUGCUACAGGUCUGCUGCCACCAUCUUCCAUUGCCACAAAUCGAGCUGCCUGUGAGCCUCCUUACACGCUUGGCCCUCACGGAUCUCACUUCUCUCAACCAGUUUGUGAGCACGGUGGCAGCCUCCCCUAGGACCAUCAUCUCAUUCCUCUCGGUUGCCCUCCUAAGUGACCAGCCGCUCCUGACUGCUGACCUUCUCUCCUUGCUGGCCCACACUGCCCGGGUACUGUCUCCCAGCCAUUUGUCCUUUAUCCAAGAGCUCCUGGCUGGUUCUGAUGAAUCCUAUCGACCUCUGCGCAGCCUCCUGGGCCACCCAGAGAAUUCUGUGCGGGCACGCACACAUGGGCUUCUGGGACACUUGCUCCAACACAGCAUGGCCCUGCGUGGGGCACUACAGAGCCAGGCAGGACUACUCAACCUUCUGCUGCUGGGGCUUGGAGACAAGGACCCUGCUGUGCGGCGCAGUGCCAGCUUUGCUGUGGGCAACGCAGCCUACCAGGCUGGUCCCCUGGGACCUGCCCUGGCAGCUGCGGUGCCUAGUAUGACCCAGCUACUUGUGGAUCCUCAGGCUAGUAUCCGGCGUAAUGCCGCUUCAGCUCUGGGCAACUUGGGGCCUGAGGGGCUGGGGGAGGAGCUAUUACAGUGCCAAGUACCCCAGCGGCUCCUAGAGAUGGCGUGUGGAGACCCCCAGCCAAAUGUGAAAGAGGCUGCCCUCGUCGCCCUCCGGAGCCUCCGACAGGAGCCGUGUAUCCAUCAGGUGCUGGUGUCACUGGGUGCCAGUGAGAAAUUAGCCUUGCUCUCCCUGGGAAAUCAGUUACUGCCUAACAGCAGUCCCAGGCCCACCUCUGCCAAGCACUGCAGGAAACUCAUUCAUCUCCUGAGGCCAACCCACAGCACAUGAUCCCAGAUUCCUGGGGUCCAGCCACCAAGCCUUGCUGCUCUACUAUUGCCAACUCUUCCUUAUUUUACUACACAAGUCACCAACUCGACUAAGAGCUAAAGAGACUAAAAAGGUGAUAAACUGUCAACUCAACUGAGAAUGAGAAGAUAGAAGAAAUGUAUGUAUAAAGCUCCUUACUUCCCCAGAUUCAGGAUGAUUUUAACCAGUAAACUUUGUUGCUGUUGGUGCCAGAGACUUCUUCCUUUUCUAUGUGCAGUGGUCUUUUCUCUAAUAACCCCAGGAACAUGCUUCUCAGAUCUUAGAGCAAUACCUCAUGGCCAGCCACUGUGUUACUCAUC